UGAUGCACUGAAUGGCGCUGUAGGGUGGUGGGAUGGCAACAGCUGUGGUCAUUGGAGGAGGAGUCAGUGGGCUCGCAUCCACACUGUACAUCCAGAGAUAUUUACCUCAAUUUGCCAAGGUUGUGUUGCUGGAAGCCUCAGGACGGCUGGGUGGGUGGGUCAGCACCACAGUCCACCCAGAUGGGGGAAUCUUUGAGCACGGACCCCGCAGCCUGAGACCUGUGGGGGAGCAGGGCAGGAACACCCUACAGCUGGCGGAGGAGCUGGGACUGUCCAGAUAUAUUUUACCAAUCUUCAGAUCUGACCCAGCGGCCAGGAACAGAUAUUUGUACGUCAAUGGUCAGCUUUGUGCCCUGCCCAGUAGUGUUGUUAGUUUAUUCAAAAAGAUCCCUCCAUUUUCCAAGCCUCUGAUUGGUUCUCUGAUGUUGGAGCCAUUUCGCUGGAGGAGCCAGGACGAGGACGAGACAGUUCACAGUUUUGUCAGGAGGCGGCUGGGCCCUGAGCUGGCUGACAUCGCCAUUGACGCCAUGUGUCGCGGGAUAUUUGCUGGAGACUGUAGGACCUUGAGUGUACAGGCCUGCUUCCCUCCCCUGCACCAGAUGGAACAGCUACAUGGCUCACUGCUGGCGGGGGCCGUCUUUGGGUCCAAGGGAGCUAAAGUUGAGGUCUCUGGGAUGACAAAGCGGGCAGUAGAAGAGAAGUGGGCCUCGUGGUCACUACAGCACGGCCUGCAACAGCUGACUGACGCCAUGGCCCAGGCCAUCCAAAACACAAGAGGGGGGGAGGUCAGGAGGAACACCAAGUGUCUGGGGGUCAGCCUGAACCAGAGUGGGAAAAUGGUGGUGAGAACAGAAUCAGAAACUCUGGAGGCUGGUCUUGUUGUCUCUGCCAUCUACAGCAAAGAUCUGGCCAACAUACUGCCAACAUCCCUGGCAGACUUGAAGCAAGACUUAUCUGCCCUUCCUUCUGUCAAUGUUGUUGUGGUCAACUUGGAAUACAAGGACAGUGUUCUGCCAGUGAAGGGAUUUGGCCACCUCCUGCCAUCAUCAGAAAGUGGCCCAAUUUUAGGCGUCGUCUAUGACUCCUGCACAUUUCCUGAACACAACAGGAAGGGCUGCCCAGAGAGUACUCGCAUUACUGUUAUGAUGGGCGGGUCAUGGUACGACCAGCUGCUAAGACCCGACGGGUCGCUGCCGUCUGGCCCAGAUUUGGUGUGGACAGCGUCUCAAGCCGCGGCCAAACAGCUGGGCAUCAAGAGCCAUCCAAUCAGAUCACACGUGUCCUUACAGAAGGAGUGCAUCCCCCAGUAUAAAGUAGGUCAUGUUCAGUGGUUGUCUGGUGUUGAGGAGAAAAUUUCUAAGAGUAACCUCCCUUUGAAGCUGGUUGGGUCGUCCUACAGGGGCCCAGCCAUCAAUGACUGCAUCAACAAUGCCAGGAAAAUGGUGGAAUCUCUACGCACAUCUUGAUCACUCUUUAAUUAAUUCAUUACCAAUUAGUUUUAACAAAUUUCUUGUAUACCUUUAGACUGCUGACUGAGAUUUGAUGAAUAAAACAUUUGGUGCCUGCAGUAGGGAAUAUAUUCUAUUAGCUUUUGAGUAUUUACACAGAUCAUUCUUUAAAAGUUUAUUUAUCCUAAACAAAUUGGAUGCAUGAGUAGAGUUUUAAAUGUUUAAAUAUUUAUUCUAAACC